CAAGGGUAAAACUUUCGAUGAGCACAUACAGAGCAGUGGAGCAGCACAAGAAGACAGGUUAAAGAAGCUUGUCAAGAAAUGCAAUUAAUUUGUUGCAUUGACAAGGAAUGCCCAUUCAGUGUCUACAGGGAUAAAAAGCUCAACACCGGGGAAAAGGAGAAAUUAUGGCAGAGGGCAAUGGUCCAAAAGGAGGCCCUGGGAUCUUUGCUAAAAGAUUCCAAAGGCAGCUGAACAGGGGCAAAGAGAAGGUCUUGCAGAAGUUUGGAAAGACAGUGGAGACCAAAGAUGAAAUAUUUGAACAAUGCCUCCUAAAUCUGAAUGACCAACAGAUUGAUGGGAACCGGUUAUACAAGGACCUGAAGAUUUACCUUAGUUCUGUCAAAGGAAUGCGGGAAGCUUCAAAACGUCUUUCCCAGUCUCUGUAUGGUGUCUAUGAGCCGGACUGGGAUGGAGAAGAGGACCUGGGGGCCAUUGUAGAGGGUGAAGACCUCCUGUGGAAUGAUUAUGAGGCGAAGCUGAUAGAUAAGGCACUUUGCACCAUGGAGUCUUACAUAAGCCAGUUCCCAGAUGUUAGGGAGAGGGUGGCCAAACGAGGCAGGAAGUUAGUCGACUACGAUUCCUCCCGUCACCACUUGGAGGCGAUGCAGAAUGCUAAAAAGAAAGAUGAUGUCAAAAUAGCCAAGGCAGCUGAGGAGGUAAACAGAACCCAGAUUGUCUUUGAGGACAUCAACAGAGAGCUGAGGGAUGAGCUCCCUACUCUCUAUGACAGUCGAAUUGGAUGCUAUGUGUCAGUCUUCACAGCCAUCUCAAAUUUACGGGACACCUUCUUCAAGGAAAUGACUACUUUCAACAGUGAUUUGCAGAAUGUGAUGAAGGACCUGAAGGAUCAGCAUCCAGACAAGGAUUUUGUCGUCAAAGGGUUGAAUCAGACUGGCUCUCUGAAGAGGCGAUCUUUCAUGUCCCCCAGGUCGUGGAGCGCUAGCUUCUCUGACUUCCAUCAGAGUUAUAGUCCGGGCAAGUCCGGCACCCUCACUAGAGACAGGUCCAGCUUCAGAUCCCUUAGUAGUCCUCACUAUGAUGAGUCACUCACCAGCACCCCUGCAGUCUCCCCACGGUCCCCACCUACUAAAGAGCCCUCUUCAGAGGCCCAAGACCUGGAUGCAGAUUCCACCCGCAGUGAAGGCCCCACUGCAGAGAAGAAACCGGAAUCUGAAAGCAGGGAUAACACCACCACAAAAGGGGCCUCUGGCAGCGGCCAGAAGUCAGAAGAGAAACUGACGGAGGAAGAGAAGGAUGUGAAAGAGGGAGAGCCUCCUUCAGACCAGCACUCCACCACCUCAGAUAAGAAAGGAGAAGUAGAAGAAAGCUCUUCUGCGUUGACAGCGAGUACUUCCGAUGUGACCAACUCCAAUAACUCAGAGAACGUUGAGCUCCAGUUCUCGGCCAUAGACACCCCCCAGCUGACCAUAGAGAGCCCUGUGGCCCCUGAUGACUCUGAGGCCCACAGUGUGCAGAACGGAGCGGCUUCUGAUGGCUCCGAUGCUGACACAGAGACCACCGUGCUUGUCCAAAAGGCAGCAAAAUUACAUAUCCAGGAGCAAGAGGGUGCGAAAAAUACUGUGGUUUAAUGAAGGAUCUCUGAGGAAAAGAUGGUUACUGUCUAAAGUAACUAAUUGAGUUAUUAUAUUUAGUUUCUUAUUUCCUGAGUUAACUGUCAAAAUGUUUUUUAUUUGUUCACAGAACGAGUUAUAGUAAUAAGGGAGAGUGGAUGAAUACUGCACAAGGGAAAAUAGGAUCAAUAUAAAAAGCCUUCUCAAUAUUACUGGAGGGAUAUAAGAAUUUCUCCUGUUUCCACCUGCUGUCUAAGACCUGGAAGCUCUUGCUUGUGGACAAUAUACUUUCAACACAAACAUUUUGUUUUUUAAAUAAAAUAAUCAAUGGUAUGCCAAUUUGUGCUUUGUUUAGGGUUGUGCCAGUAUACACCCAAUAACUGUGAAUUGUAUUUUAAUUUAAUUGUAGAGAAACAGCAAGUUCACUAAAUUGUACUUGACUCAAUUUGACAUUCAGCUUUGCAAAACUGUGUCUCAUUUCAUAGAGCCCCACAGUGGAGGUGUCAUAAACAUAAAACCUAGCGGUCAAACAGGGAAAUGGUUCCAAUCAUUUCCCCACCAUACAUAAUUUUAGAAACACUUAAAAUAAGGGCUGUGUUUCGUGUAGGCUUACCCUGGUGUGACAUUUUGAAAAGGUCACCUUGUCCUAGAGAGAUUUACACUGUUAUCAAAAUGUCAUGCCAGGGUAAGCCUACACGAAACACAGCCCUUAUUUUAAUUGUUUCUGAAAUCCCCUAUGGGAAAAAUGAAUGGUGGAAAAACUAUUGGAACCAUUUCCCUGUUUGACCGCUAGGCUUUAUGGGUAUUAUGACUCAUACUGUGUUACUCUAUAUAAGUUUGCUAAAUUGUACAUGAAAAACUUGAUUAUUGAUUAAACAGAUAGCUUUUUAUAAUGUCUUGUUUAGUGACACAGCUGUUAAUUGAAAAACUAAAAUCAAAUGACUAAAUCAAACAGUGGUGUAAAGUACUUAAGUAAAAAUACUUUAAAGUACUACUUAAGUAGUUUUUUGGGUAUCUGUACUUUACUAUUUAUAUUUUUGACAACUUUUACUUUCACUUUAUCACAUUCCUAAAGAAAAUCAUGUAUUUUUUACUCCAUACUCCAUGACACCCAAAAGGUACUUGUUACAUUUUGAAUGCUUAGCAGGAUAGGAAAAUGGUCCAAUUCACACACUUCAAGAGAACAUCCCUGGUCAUCUCUACUGCCUCUGAUCUGGCAAACUCACUAAACACAAAUGCAUCACUUGUAAAUUAUGUCUGAGUGUAGGAGUGUGCCCCUGGCUAUCCAUAAAUAAAUAAAAACACAUUGUGCCAUCUAA